AUGCUGGUCCACUGCGUGGAGUUCAAAAAGACUUUCCAGGCACUUUUCCAAAAGGCUGACCAGUGGCGUUUCCAUGGCGAUGAAGAUGACACCCUGAUCCAAGAUGCUGACUACCUCAGCUGGUUCGCUGUGCUCAAGGCCAACGCGUCACAUUCCGGGGCCGUCUCAUGGCGGAGGAGCGCGUCUCUUCGGAAAGGCGACCCCGUCUUUGCUUGCGGCUCGCCGUUUGGUUCCCUCUGCUCAGACCUCUUCAAUGGCACUGUGAGCAGGGGCAUCAUCAGCAACCUGGCGGGCGAGGACAACACCCUCAUCCUCACAGACGCCCGCUGCUUGCCAGGCACGGAGGGCGGCGGCUUGUUUGCAAUGGAAGAUGACUCCCUGCACCUGGUCGGGGUGAUAGUGUCACCGUUUGGCUGGAAGGCCAACGAGUGGAUCGGACUCACGCUCGUGUGUUCCGUCCACUCGAUCCUCCGCAACGUUGUCCAAUGCAGCGACCUCCAGGAUUCGCUCCAAGAUGUCUGGCUUCACCCUGCAGAGACCCAAAAGUUCCAUGCGGGUCAAUACUUGGACGUGUGCUUGGUGGACAGCGGGCAGCAGUGGGGUUCAGGGGUCCUCGUGACCUCUGACCUUAUUUUAACCUGCCGACAUGUGGUCAAUGGGAAGUCCACGGUCGCCCUCAAGUUUCACCACGGAGACAGAGUCCUUGACAGCGUUGGCGAUGUCCUCUUCUCCACGAAGGGGUCGUCGCCUUAUGACGUCGCUGUGGUGCGGUCAAGAGACUCCAUGGUGGAUGUUGUUGUCCCUCAAAUGGCUCACGAGUUCAACACGGGUGAACCUGUGUUGGUGGUGGGCUACGGCGGGCUAGGUCGCUCGUGUGGCCCUUCACUAACUUGCGGUAUCCUCUCCAAAGCCAUCAGUCAUCAACACCUUACCAUAAUGCUUCAGACCACAUGCGCAGUUCAAGCAGGGGCCAGCGGGGGCGCUGUUGUACGAGCGUCCACAGGAGAGCUGCUCGGCAUCGUAUCCAGCAACACCAGGGACUUGUCCUCGCAAGUGACCUACCCUCACCUUAACUUCUGCAUCCCAGUGAGCGUUCUGCAGGGACCUCUUCUUCAUUUUAGCCGACAAGGGGACCUGAAGUCGUUUGACGUGCUGAACGCCGCCGACGAAAGCGUGAAAAGAGUGUGGAGGCUUCAAGGCACACACAGCAAACUCUGA